AUGGAUCUCUCCGUGCGUUGGGACUCAAUUGUGAAAACAUAUCCGACCCCUCUGGUCGAAAUGGCCGGCAUGCUAGGAACCCAGGUGGUAAGCUUCUGGCUCCCAGCCGGGAUAUUUACAGUUUGUGACCUGCUCGCCUGGCCCUCCCUUCAAAAAUACAAAAUACAGCCGGCAAGAAAACAGCCCGCCCAGGCUAGCAUCAUCCGCAAAGCAUUCUUGGGGUCUCUCCUGAAUCAAUUGUUGAGCAUCACUCUCCAAGCGCUGCAGCUACUUUUGGUCCACGGCAUUCUUUGCCGGCCGGACCUUGGGUACCGGGUCUCACCGAAGCUGCCGUCGCUGCUUGAAUUCAUCACGGAAUUUACACUUUGCCAGUUGGCACGGGAGAUUAUUUACUACUAUGGCCACCGGAUUUUGCAUCACCCACUCUUUUAUGCGCGCUUCCACCGGCAGCACCACCGGUUCCGUACCCCUGUGGCUCUGGCAACGCUAUACGCUCACCCUGUUGAGCACAUUGUCACCAACAUCAUUCCGAUUGCUUGGCCCGCUCGUGUCUUGGAUAUCCAUAUCGUCACUAUGUGGGCGUUUGUAGGGGCCGUCGGUCUGCAGGCUGCCCUGGCGCAUUGUGGCUACCAGCUGCGGGAGAUCCCUGGCGGGUGGAAACCAGAGGUUCAUGAUCUACACCAUGAGUUGAUGACGGUCAAUUACGGCUUGAUUGGGAUUCUUGAUCGAAUGCAUGGCACUAGAGCAACUGAGAAGCCGAAACGACGCUGA